AUGCGCGACGGUAUAUGGCUGCUGGCCGUGGGCUGUGCGCUGGCCGCCGGCACGUAUGCUGUCGGCACUCUGCCGCUUGUGUUCCGUCUCUCGCGGUGCAGCCUGCGCAAGCUCGAGCUGUGGGGCGCAGGGCUGCUGCUCGGCGCGGCGCUCACGGUGGUGAUCCCGGAGGGCAUCUCGAACGUGUAUCGGGGGCGCAUGUGCCGCGACGAGCCCAUGAACGAGACGCACCUAUUGCAGUCGAAGGACCUCGUGGCUUUCUGCCUUCUGAGCGGGUUCCUUCUUAUGUUUGCGUACGUACGUGGGACUAACGGUAGUGUCGACCAGCACAUGGUGGCGCAGUCGCAUGCGCGCAGCCACGACGCGCUCGCGCCCGCGGACGAGGAGGAGAUGCGUAGCGGUGGCGCGGGCGCGGGCGCGGGCCCGAUGACGUGGGAUCCGACGACGAGGCCCGGCAGCCCGUCGUCCCUGCGCCAGGUGCUGGGCAGCCUGCUGGGCAUCUUGGUCCAUGCGGCCGCGGACGGCGUGGCGAUGGGCUCCUCGGUCGAGAGCACGAAUCAGUCGCUGCGUCUCGUAAUUAUGCUGGCGGUCAUGGUCCACAAAGCGCCUGCCUCGAUCGGUAUCUGCACGCUCCUCAUGUCGCGGCAGCUGCGGCGCGCCGAGAUCCGCUGGGCGGUCCUGGCGUUCAGUGUGACGACGCCCCUGUCUGCGCUGCUGACCUACGGCGUGUUGCAGGUCCUGCUCCCCACGACGGGCACGACGAGCGACUCGAUGGACACGCGAAAGAUCGGCGCGAUCCUCUCGUUCAGUGGCGGUACAUUUUUGUACGUGGCCAUCCAUGCUGUGACGGAGCUCGCAUCGCCCUCCGCGGGCGCGCACCUCGCGCACCACAGCGACCACGUGCACCACCCUCACGACCACGACCACCCCAUUCACGCGCAGACGGGCGAGGCGGUCCUGGGCGCUGCGUCCUCGUCGAUCUCCCGCUUCUUCCGGGGCUCCCACGAGGCCGAGACACAGGCCGGGCCGUCGCCUCCGUUCGGUCUCCUGUAUGUGGUCGUCGGCUCGGUGGUGCCCCGCCUGCUGCAGCUACUCAUAGGCGAUGUACAUCCCUAA